AUGGAAUUGUGCAGCACAGUGGUGAGCAGCAUGAUUGCUGUCUUCUUGGUUCUGCAUCUGGGUCUGAUCCCCAUUAUGGCUCAGCAAAGUGAACUACAGAUUGGGGUUGCAGGACAGGCAGUGAUCCUGAACUGCAGAGGCAUACCUCAUCACACAGAUGUGAUCUGGAAGUACUACAAGGCUGUUAUAAGGUUGUUUAGAGGUACUCAUUUGAAAGGCAAAGCCACCAUGACUGAUCGAUCUGAAAUCAACCCCAACACUAAACACCUGAAGGUGUUGGACCUAAGGCUCUCCGAUGCUGGCAUCUACACCUGUGAAUAUGACUCUCACACAGUCAGUAUCUCACUGCAUGUCUUUAAAUUGACGAUCUCUUCAGAUGGGCACUUCCUGCCAAAUGAAGUCCCUGAGCUGACUGUAAUGCAAAAUUCGUCUCAUCCUUUACCUGACCUCAAAAUCACAUUGUUUCACAGUAGCAAUAACAUAGUAAGACCAAAAGUCUCACAAGACAAGACCCAUCAAAAAUACAAAGUCAUGUUAAAGCAACUGGAGACUACGGACAGUGGGACCUGGAUAUGUCAUGUUCAUUCAGACUCUCCAUUGAUUAAUCAGAACAUCUCCUUUGACAUAAAGGUAUUAGGUUUUCAGCAUCCAGCCUUGGAAAGAAAGUAUGCGACUGUUAAUAGCACUGUCAUCUUGUCAUGGCAGCUGAACUUCCAGGAGAUAAAAUGGAAGGAAGGUUUCACAGGACAGCUGAAUUGGAAACAACAGGAAAGUGCAACCGCUUAUGAGCUACUUGAUUUCAAUGUCACAGCACGGGGAGAGCAGCAUGAGACCGAAAAAACCAGCCGCUUUCAGUUUGAGAUACCUGAAAGCAAACCUAAAAGCACCAUAGCAGUGAAACUCCCCAAAGUCCGUUUCGACCACUCUGGUCAGUACCAGUGUCAACUGGUGUACAACGGAAAAUAUGUGCAGAGCAAGACAGAGCUGGUGGUGAUGAAAGUCUCAGCUAACCCUGUUGGGCCACUCCCCAGAGGGGCCGAGACAACCCUGAUUUGCCAGGUCUCUAGUCCACUCCCAUCCAACGCCCACUUGUGCUGGGAACGUGUGAAUGGGACUCGGAUGGACAUCAAGAAGUCAAAGCAACAUGAAGCAAAGGUGGAGGUGAAUGUUAGUUCUGCAGGGCUGUGGAACUGCCACCUCAUAGAAGACAACGACAGGAAGAUCAGCCUUAAUUACCCCGUGGAGGAAGCUCCUGUUUGGAUUAGCUAUGUGGUAAUUGGAGCAAGUAUUGGAGGCAGUGUGUUGGUGUUUGGCCUUGCAUGCCUGUGCAUCAUCAAUGGUAUAAGUUGGCAGCGGAGAAGGCAACGGGCAAAAAGAAUGGCACAAGCAAGACAAUACUUGCUGGAAAACAAGACAUGUCAGUGUCAACAGUAA